CCACAGCCCAGCUCACCUAUUCAACUUACCUGCGAGGCUGCGGAAGUGCGAAGAAGAAGGAAGACAGAACUGCGACUUGCGAGUUUGCGACGAAGAAGGCAAGAACUCGUGAUAUGAGCUGCGACCCUGCCGCACCACGCUUUCCUCCGCCGUCCACACCGCGUUCCGCCAUCCAGAGCCCUCCGUCAUGAUUGAUAGAUUUUAGCCUGCCGCUAUGGCCUCUUCCUCCAGCUCCGAAGCUCCAGCCUCCAUAUUUACCGAAAUGGACAGGUUUGGCGUGACAAAUUGAUGCUAUGCAACUACGGCCAUUAAUCUCUCGGAGAUUCUCAACAGUGAAGCAAAUUCAUUCCUCGUCACAUCUUAACUCCUCCGAUAUACAGGAAUUUGUUAAGAAAGGCCAUUUUUUCGAAGCUUUGCAAUGCUACUCCAAAAAACCUCUUGCUACUUCCAAACUCGCCUUCCCUUCUGUGCUCAAAGCAUGCGCUUCCCUGCACAGCCUCACCAUCGGAAAAGCCAUACACGCCACGAUAAUUGCAAUGGGUUUGCAGUUCGAUGCUUACAUUGCCACUUCUCUUAUCAAUAUGUAUGUCAAAUGUGGGUCGAUAUGCGACGCAGACCAGGUGUUUGAUAAAAUUUCCAACUUGGAAGCUGUUAGCCAAGACGUGACUUUAUGGAACGCCAUGAUUGAUGGGUACUUCAAGAAUGGGCUCCCUAUUGACUGCAUAGCUCAGUUUCGCCAAAUGCAGGCCUUACGGAUCAAGCCUGAUGGAUAUACUCUCAGCAUUCUUCUUGGAGUGUCAUCUAGGCUCUUGUCUGGAAAGGAAAUUCAUGGAUAUGUGAUUAGAAAUUCGUUUGAGGGAGACCCUUUCAUUGUGACUACUCUGAUUGAUAUGUACACCAAUUGUGGAAGGGUAAUGGAUGCUUGGUUUGUGUUUGAGAGCCAGGAAUUUAAGAACAAUAUUGUUAUAUGGAAUGCAAUGAUAAGUGGCUUUUGUGGAAAUGGGUUGUGGAGUAGGAGCUUGGAGUUAUAUUUGUUAUUGAGGGAGAAGAAUUAUGAAGUGAUGCCAAGUACGUGCUGCAAUGCAUUGAUAGCAUGUUGUGAGGGCGAAGAUUUUGAGUUUGCCAGGCAGCUCCAUACAGACGUUGUGAAGAUGGGAUUUGACUCUGAUCAGUACAUUCACACCUCUCUAUUAACCAUGUAUGCAAAAUGUGGACUAAUUCAGGAUGCGGAGAAUGUUUUCAAUUCUGUAAUGCUAAAGGGGAUUGAAACGUGGAAUGCUAUGGUUUCAGCUUAUGUAGGCAACGGAUGGGUUGCUGAGUCUUUCAUCACUUACAACCAAAUGAAAAUAAUGGCGGUUCCCUCUGAUUCGUUCACAAUAUCAAACAUUUUAACUUCAUGUGGCAUUGUUGGUUUUUAUUAUUUUGGUACAUCAAUUCAUGCUGAACUCAUCAAAAGACCGGUUCAAACCAAUCUUGAAGUCCAAAGUGCAUUGAUGACUAUGUAUGUAAAAUGUGGUGAAGUAGAUGCUGCAGUUAAAGUUUUCGGUGCAAUGGAGGAAAAGGAUGUGAUUGCUUGGGGUGCCAUGAUAUCUGGUUUUCAUCAAAAUGGAAAAUAUGAAGAGUCAGUUGGUUUGUUCAAACAAAUGCUGAGUUCUUACCUAAAGCUGGACUCAAAUAUACUGUCAAUUGCUAUAAAUGCAGGUGUUGGGAUCGGUAGUAAAGAAUUAGGUUAUUCUCUCUUUGGGCUCACCGUUAAGCAUGGGCUGGAAUCAGAUGCUUUUGUGGCUAGUUCUUUGAUGGAUGUUUAUUCCAAAUCCGGUCAACCUGAGGUGGCUGAAACCAUUUUUUUUGGAAUCUCCAACAAGAACUUGGUGGUUUGGAACACUUUGAUGUCAUGUUAUUCUCAAAAUGGCCAUCUUGAAUCGUCUGUUCGUGUUCUAUCUCAAAUGAUGCAGCAUGGGUUAAUCCCAAAUGCAGUUUCAAUUACUAAUGCACUAACUGCGGUUUCAUCUAUGGCAGUUUUACUUAAAGGAAAGGCUCUCCAUGGCUACCUAAUAAGAUAUGGGAUUCAAGCAGAUAAUCAAGUGGAAAAUUCAUUGAUUGAUAUGUACAUCAAAAGCGGAUGCCUAAAGUAUGCGGAACGUCUGUUUGAUAAAAUGUCUGUGAGAAGCUUGAUGGCGUGGAAUUCAAUGAUUUCCGGAUAUGGGUCCCAUGGAGAGAGUUUUAAAGCUAUCAACUCGUUCAAUGAAAUGUUAAGAUCAGGGACCACACCAGAUCAUGUAACCUUCCUUUCCUUGAUCUCUGCUUGUAACCAUUCUGGGCUGGUUGAUGAAGGCCUGAAACUUUUUCAGUUAAUGACAGAGCAUAGAGUUGAACCACAAACGGAUCAUUACGUUAAUAUUGUGGACCUGUUAGGCCGUGCUGGACGUCUGGACGAGGCCCAUAACGUCAUACUGAAAAUGUCCGUGGCACACAACCCAAGUGUCUGGUUAUGUUUAUUAUCAGCUUGUCGGGUCCAUUCCAAUUUAGAGCUUGGGGAUUUGGCUGCCCAGCACCUACUGGAGUUGGAAGCAAGAAGGGGUAGCAAUUAUGUUCAGUUGAUGAAUAUGUAUGGCGAGUGUGGGAUAAAAGAGAAGGCGGCAAGACUGAGGGUAGAGAUGAAGCAGAAAGGGCUGAAGAAGAUUGGUGGGUGCAGUUGGAUUGAGGUGAAAGAUAGGACUGAACUCUUCUUUUCAGGGGAUUCAUCCUCCCACAAGACAGUUGAGGUUUAUGACACUCUUCAAUGUCUCAGAAGUGCUAUGAAAUGGAAAGAUGGUUCUCUCGAAGGUUGCUGACGCAAUGUGAUAUUGUAUCAAUUUUUUUAGUAUUCCAAUUUGUCAUUGUUGUUGUUGAUGUGAUUUGCCUUUACUCAUUCAUUUAUCCCAAUUCAUUAUUUUGUCAAUAGCUUAAUAUGUUGUACACAAACUGUAAAGUUUAUAAUUUCUAUACAAAAACAUGGUCAGUUUUAGGUCUA